AUGGAAACAAAGGAUCGGCAUCUGAGGCGCUGUUACGAUGAUAAUUACAGCAGCAGCAUCUCGGUCGAGCAAAACAUACCGGAUAUGUUGGCAGUUUACCAUCAUCCAGAGGAAAUGGAUGAUUUGAAAAUGAACGCGCAAUCGGCGGCGGCUGCAGCUCUCAUGUCUAUAACUGGUUUACGUAAAAAUGAUAAUAAUUUGUAUAUUUUGAACGCGAAGAACGAAUCGCUGAAUACUACGGAAUGCGGCUCGCAUCCCAGUAGGAAAUUAUUAUUCGAUAAACACUCGCAAAUUCCCACAAUACCUUAUCCGCGUUGUAAUCUUUCCGGCAACGAUUGUAUCAAAAAGUCGAUUCUGUAUUCGGAUAGGAAAACUACUCAUUUCGAUAAACUACCGGUCAUCCAUUCGGCUUCAGCUUCUUCUUCCGAUAUCGAGUAUCCGGCUGAUGAAGAGUCGAACGCUUGUUCGUUGAUAUCCGAUGACAAAACUUACUCGGUUUGCGAAACAACUGAUGAUACUUAUACUGUAUCCGAUGAUCGAUCUAGUAGUAAUUUGAAAAUACUCGAAAAGUAUCCAGACUCGUUCGAUGAUUCGGAUUCCGGUUGUUUGGGUGUUAGCGAUGAAGAUUCGUCUAGUGAUAAGACACCUCAUUGUAAUGUUGAUAAGGGUGUUGUCGGCGUGGUCGAGAAAGUCAUCAAUAAUUACCACAAUUUAUUGCGAAAUUUCUACGAUCCUGUCAGCGGUAAUGUGAUCGAUAAACCUAUCUUGUCUUCGAGUUCGACGAAGAGUAACGAUGAAUCUCUUAUCAACGACAUCAUCCUCGAACCACCGGAUAUGUUCAGCGACACGAUACCUGCAGCUCAAUCCAGCGACGCCGAAUCCACAUUUCAGUAUUUAUCCUACGUUAAUCCUCCUGCUAGCUUGGACGACAGAAAGUACUUUGAUUCGGAUUCGUACUCUUCAAACAUCUCAACUUCGCCUUCAACUGAUAACAUUUUCAAAUCAAAAACUGCCAUUGAUUACGUUAUCAAUUACCUAAACGAAGGGUUCGAUGUGAAAGGAGGAGGUAUCAGCGAUGGAUCUACCAUAGAAGCCGACGACCUCGAGAGCUUUUACUCGGAAAGUGAUCCUUUGAAUGGUACGUUGACCGAGCAAGACGUGAGAUUUAGUUUCGAAUCAGAUGCAUCGACCGAGUUCAAGAUACCCAAAGUACUCAUCAGCUCGACCGACGAUACGCAGGAAUGUAACGAAUCCGAUGAUGGUAUUUCACAUAUUAUUCCUCCUCUUCAUCGAGUACAUUCCGAAUUGAACGAACGGUUCGAGGUACAGAAAUGUAAAACGAAACAGUCGAGAGAUGACAGUCGUGUCAUCGCAAAGUAUUCCGAUAUUCAAACGUCGUUUUGUAAAGAUGGCUCGAUUAAUGAACAAUCCAUCAAGUUGGAGGGAAAGAUGAAUUCAGAAGUGGAUUACGACCCGUCCAUCGAUUUAAAUUGGUCAAACGCUUACAAUUUACGAAAUCGCCAUUUGGAGGAAUCUAAAUAUGUAAACGAAUCGUUCGACGAUGCUGAAAUGUUUAUGGAUGAAUCGAUCGACGAAGUAGAUUCGAAAUCAAAUCACGAUCAAAUGAUCAAUUCAGAUUGGUCGAAUAAUUUUUGUAAUUUGCAAAAUCAUCGACUCGAAGAGACUAAAAACUUAAACGAGUCGUUCGGUGAUGCUAAAAUAUUUAUUAACGAAACCAUCAACGAAGUAAAAUCAGAAGUAAAUUUUGAUCUCGAGAUAAAUUCAAAUUUAUCGAGUAAUGCCUGCAAUUUGCAAAAUCAUCAGCUCGCGAGAUCCAAAAAUAUUGACCAGUCGUUCGUUGACGCUGAAAUAAUUACUAAUGAUUCGAUCGAAGAAAUGGAUUCAGAACUAAGUGACGAUAAAGCGACCAAUCUAACAAAUGUUUGGAAUUUACAAAAUCGUGAACUCGAAGAGUCUGAAAACGUAAUCCAGUCAGUAUUCAUUAACGAAUCGGUCGACGAAGUGGACAGUACCCAAAAUCCUAACGAUGUAAUCGAUCCACUGGAUUCGCUUUUAUUUGACUCCUGGCAACCGAUAUUUUCAUCGCCGAAACCCCUAUUGCUAGAGGAAAUGUUCGAAGACGACCAUGAAAGCGAGUUUUCCGUCGCAGAUUCCUCCUGCAGUAGUUCGAGUAUCGAAGAUGAUGAAAAACCUGACGAUGACGUCACCGAAUCAGCGGCCGAAAUUGAAGAACGGCAUUCCGGUGACGAGAAUCGUAACGAUGAUGUCAUCGAAAUCGUCGAACAGGUGAAACCGAUCGAAACGGACCGAGAAAACAACAAUGUACCUGAAACCGGCUCCGAUCAGUGUAUUACGCAAUUUUCGAGCGAUAAUUGCUACCUGAACACGAGUAGCGUGCUGGAGAAUAUUUUAACCAUAGAUGGAGGCUCGUUUGGUGCGAAAUGCUCAAUUUGCACCGAGCAGAAUCCAGCCAUUUACGAUACGAUCCAAGAGCUUUUGAAUUUGAAAAAUUGGGGUUCUCGAUGCCUUCAGAUCGUAUUGUUUGAGCCAAUAAGUUGGCAAAAAGUUGGCUGGAGUUUACUCAGCAACGAGCCAAUAUUGGGUACAUCGGACGCAAAUACGAUCACGUCUUGUAACCGGUUUUUGGAAUUACGCGACGAAGAUGACGACGCAACGUCUUACAUGUUGAACUGGAAAGAUGCAUCGCUAAAAAAAGAGGAGGCUGCUCCAUCGACUGAAAGUAUUGAAAAUAAAGGAGACGAUUACUCAGAUUCGAGUGCGAAUGGUAAUAACCGCGUCGAAGCAAAGAACGGUGACUCGAUAAUGGAAUCGUCGACAAACGUAUUAAUAUCGAGUACGAGAUUUGAUGGUAUGCCAAAUCCAUCAUUCUUCGAUACAGUUAGCGAAGCGAGGCGAACAACUGCCACUGCCUCUGCUACCGCCACGACGACUACGGUGGCAAAAGAUAAACAACAAGAGUCGGUUACUGGUGGAAGACAGUUAACCGGCGAUGAUGACGAUGAAGGCGAAGGCGAAGAAGAAGACGUUCCGGUAGCGGAGCAUGGAAUACACGCGACCAUGGCGUCUGAUACGAAGACGAUUGCGACGACGGUGGUAGCCGGCGCGUAUGAUAACAGCAGUGUUGAAAACGACCUGCACGAAUGUAGGUGUUUGAAAUCGGUUUCGAAUGGUGCGCGUCCGGACUUGAGUAAAUGGCGUUCGUUUCCACCGUCGUUGGGCGAAAUAAUGCGGAGCUUGAAUAGUUCGAAGCUCGACUUGACGGGACGCGUUCCCCUAUCAGAGCUUUGCGUUUUCAAAGCUCACCCAAGUUGCAACAACGAACGAUUCGCGUUUGCAGCGUCUCAUAUCGACGAUUGUCUUACGAAUUUCGCAUGCGGUGAUUGUGGUGUUCGCGAUCAGCAAUCUUGCUCUGCUCUCGAUCAUGGUGGUGCCGAUAAUGAUGUGAAUUCGCGUCGCGUUCUCAUCGACCUCAACCCCGUCCAAGGUGUUAAUCAGUGUAGUGAAAAAAACAUCAAUUGUCAACAAAACGACUACGACCAGCAUCAGCAGCAACGCAAUAAUCAAAACGUCGAAAAUUGUACUAACAAAUUCACCAAUUUAUACGUGAAUAAUUUAGAAGCCAUACGUAAAUUUUCCGAGUAUUUUAAAACAUCCCUCGAAACCGAUAGCAAAUUACGAGAAGGUAUACCCGAUUUAAAUCUACACUCGGAUCUCGGAGACGGAUUAUUCUCAUCUUCGCCUUCACCACCUGAAAAAUCGCCCCCUGUAUCAUCGCCCUCUCACCCUAAAUCAUCCCCUUCAUCGUUACAUCAGGAGCAACAUCAUCUCAAAAACGAAAAAUCUCAACAAAAUGAACACAUCACUAACGUCGUUCCCAAAGAAGACGUAACCAGUUUCAUAUUCAGCGAAUCUGACGAAAGCGUUGAAAAUCUCGCUAAUGACAGUAUGAAAAACAAGAAAAAGCCAUCGAAUGAUAACGAUUCGAGUAUGGAUUCGUCGACGACGGAAACGCCACCGAAACCACCUGGUAUUCUAAAAACGUCACUCAAAAGAUCUAAAAAAGUUCAUCGCAAGAAGCACAGAGUUCAAUUCGACGAAAGUUUGAAUAAAUUUUUCGAAGCCGAUUACGUGAUUUUAGUUCGAGAUGACGAUUUCGAAGACGAAUACAUAUGCGAAUGCGGUGAUCAGUUUUGCGACGAAGGUUGCUACUACGAUGACGAUGACGAUGACAAUGUCGAUGAUGUCGAAUACGAAAACGCAGUGGAUAGUCCGAGAUUUGAUUUCGCGGCCGCUUUCGAUCCGCCGAUGGAGUUCGUCGAUCCUGUCACCCUCAGUCCGCCCGAUGGAUAUAAGGAUGGAUCCUGUCAGGAUGUCGAUAAUGUCCCUAGUCAAAAAGUAUCCACGUCCACCAUGACUGCCCACGAGAAUCAAAUUCAUCGUAAAAAAGAAGCGAGCGUCGAUGCGGAAAAUUGGCAAAAUUUCCAAAGCAAUGAAAACAUAGCGACGUUUAAUGAAAAAGUCAAAACUCAAGAUUGUACGAACGAUGAUGGUUUUACGAAACGAGACCAGCACCUCAGAAACCAAAGAUAUCCUUUCCACGGUAACGAUGUUAACGCGUCUAGUCAAUUGGCACUGUUCAACGAUCAGAACGUGCAACCGACGAACGGCCAGUCACGAUAUAUCGUCGAAACCAUAACCAUGACUACGGUCACCGAACGGCGCAUCGUUCGCGAGGCGGCCAACGAUCAGCUCAAGAUGGUGGGCGACAUGUCGAUGAUGAACGAUCGAGGUGCCGUUGGUGGCAGCGGAGUCGGAAUGCCUGGCGACAAGUACAACAACGCCGCGGCCGCCGCUGCAGCCGCCGCUGGUAUCUUAAAAGGUGGCAAAUUGUGGCGUAAUCAAGAUCCGGCGAAUAAUACGACGACGACGACGCCGGCGUCUUCAUCGUCGGAGAUUGCUAAACGAAUGGAAAUGGAGAAAGAAGACGAUAAAAGAAGCGUGAAAUUUAUUCGAGAUGAAAAUCACCAUCACCAUCAUCAGCAAGACUCUACGGAUAACUGUGAUACUACCAAUAACAGAGCAGUAGGCGAAAAUGAUAAAGAGUUUAUGCUCACGUUUAAAUUAGGUAAUCGAGUGGUACCUUGCAACAGUUUGAAACCUAAUUCGGCUGUUAGACAACUGUUCCCGGAUCCGAGGUUUGUAAAUCCCCCUACCAUAUUGGAUCUGGAGGACGAUAAUUUGGGUAAAUGCGAAGGAAAGUACCUGGUUACCGAGGAAUCGUUGAGAGCUUUCAACGAGGUGAAUAAAAGAUCGGUUUUUGCCAUCAGUGGUAAAGAACGAUAUCCUUAUAAAGAUGGCAAUUUCACUGUGCAUAGCGACGACGAAGAUAUACCUCAGAACGACCUUAUUAAAAAGACCAUCGAACGGAAUACGUUGCGGAGAAGUCUAAUGCGAUACCCUCGAGGAGCCGGAGGUGAACGUAAACGUGAAAAGAAGAAGAAAAUAGAGCCCUCGCUGGAAGAACGAAUCAAACAGUUGACUUGCGUCGAUGAUCAAGAUGACCAAACCAUCAACGCCGGAACUAUUCCUGGCAGCAAUGGUGGUAUGAUCUAUCACCAUCAUUAUCAUAAUCAACUUCUGCCUCGAGACCAUUACCGAGUAGAUGAUCCAAUCCCACCUAGAACUAGUCCGCCGGGCGAAGAAAGCCACGAAACGCCUUGCAAGUCGGAAAAGUCGUCUUCGUCUUCGUCAUCGAUGUCUUCGACGUAUAAAAAAUUCACCGAUUUGUUCGCUCGUAAUAAAGCCGCAGCCGCAGCAUCCGGCUCAGUCGCAGAUAAUCAAAACGAACAACACUAUCCUUAUUAUCAACCGGUAUACCACACGAUGUCUGCGAUACCAGCUCAGCCCGACCUAGGCAUCGAUUACAAACUGCAAAGUGGUCCAUUGAUGGUAUCGAAACAAGCGCAGGCUGCGGUAGCGGCAGCAGUGGCAGCAAACAGCGGCGGAUCCAAGGUAGCUGGCGGGUCUAACGAAGCGCGAAAGCAGUUCCUUUCGUCGUUGGCUCCGCUGACGGCGUGUGUCACCGGUCACAUGGAACAGAACUCGUCGACGACCAACAACUACGGUGAUCGAGAUACGCUGAAGCUGAAGCUAGCCGGAGAUCGGCAUUCGAUCGUGAGCACUGCUUCUACCGGAACUGAAUACAGUGUUGGCGAUAUUGACGACGCUUUGGGUAAACCGGAAGAAGGAAAAGCUCCGCAACCGGAUGUAGUGGCUGGUACACCGAGCGGUCAAGACAGUCAAGAUGAGCUAGCCAUGUUCGUGCAGCAGGAUGCUGGCCGAAUCGAACGCAUCAAGAAACGGUACAGCAAUACUCCUUCGACGGUCAGCGAUGACGACGAACACGAUGACUACGGGUUCAGUAGACGACCUUCAGUUCGCGGCAUCAAACCGAGAUUCGGUUCGACUAACGAAAUCUUGCAACAGAUGCAGGCUCAGCUACAACAACCAUCUUCGGCAAUACCGGGCAAUAAAUCAGGUAGUCACAUGACGUGGCCUUACUACAGCGCUGAAUGCGGAAUAGUCGACAAAAACGGCGGUCCUGUCGGAGCCACUUCGCCUCGUAACGCAUUACCGGCGUUGAAAGAAGAAAGCGGCGACGCAGCCAAAGCCGAAUACACCGCCAAAGUGGUCUGGGAGAAAUGCUCGGCCACCGGUACCAUUCCUAGAGCGGGAGUCGGUACCGUUGUUUCCGGUCUGCAACAGCCAUUGAAAAUCGACGCCAACAACGUGCAGAUGUUCAGACUUACGCCUUCUGAUACGAUAACGGAAGUAGCGGUGCCAUAUAAAUGCGGCGGUGAUCCGAACGACCAGAAGGAUCUUCGAAGGUUUCCGGCCGGCAAUGUUUUCCAAAUGAAGGUAUCGCCGGUCGCAACCACUCAGGUUAGAUUACCGAUGGGUGUGCCGGACGGCAGCGCCGCCGCAGGCCAAUUCACCGCGCACCCCAUACCCGUCGGUACUACGUCUGUGAUACGCGUCGGACACGGUCAACAGCAAACCUUCCGAGUACCGUGUCCGGUCAGCGGACCGGUCCAGGUCCAUUUGCUGGCCACGCACCCGUACGAAAACGCGCAAAUACGUUCGUCUAGUCAACCUAUCCAUUUCCCGCCCCAAAUCGUUGUCGCCAAAGGUACCCAAACCUCUACCAUAUCGACUACCUCGUUCUACCAGCUGCAAACCAAUACCCAAAGCCAUUACCAAAACACACCGGUCACCAAAGCCGCCGCCAGCGAACAUACCACCAAAUUGAUCCAAGUUAAUUAUAACGCCGCCGCUGCUCAACACCAGUCUCCUCCUAUAUCCAGUCUUACCUCGUCGCCGACCAGAGUCAAAAACCAAAAUCAUAUGAUCGAAAGAGGUAUCCCCGAAGGAGCGGUUAGCUCGUCGCCAGCUUUUAUUCAAGACUGCGUUAAACCGCCUCAAAGUUCACCCCUUCAGCUGACUGAUGCGCAGAAUAAUACUCAAAAUCAAAGCCAAACCAAAUCUGCAUCUUUGAUGUACGGUAUGAAAGUAUGAAAUCAACCUACCGCUUACCAUCGCGAGAUUUGCAACAAAGACUGAUACUACAAAAUCUGGCUACACUGCGACCACAAAUGCGAUGUUCGGAUGUUCCGUUUCCGUUUCCAUGAAUUCUUCCCUCUGUUUCCAUUCCAGCUGCUGCAGCUGUUCGCGAGGAAUUGAAUGGAAUGGAAUGGGAAUUGAAUUGAAAUUGAAGUUCAUUUUGACAAUAAAUGUUAAUUAUUGCGACGCUGGCAUCCGAGAAGAAUUUUCUCCAAAUUCCAACUGGUCACCGUUCGAACCCUGCGUUGUAAAUAAGCGUUGUGUUUUCAUUUUUACUCGUACGAGUAUUCGUUGAUCUCAAAAUAUGUACCUAAUUUUGGUUGUUGUAAAAAAUAGGAUCUAGUUGUUUGCAAAGCCAAGAGUCAAGUGUCAUAAUUAAAUGCAAUGUUUAAUGGCAUGCAAGUCAUAAGUUUACCACAGACCAGAGAAAAUGAUUCAGAUUUAAAUGAAGUUCUGCUCAAGUUCUAAAUUUUUGCACUUUUAGCUAAUUGACAUUGAAUUGAGAUUCAUUUCUCUACUUCAAAACUUCAAAAGUUUGACCAUAAAGGAAGUUUUUUUUCAAGUGUCAACCCGAAGGAUAAAGACGCAAAGAACUGAAAAUGUGUUUCUCUAUUUUAAACGACUAAGUAUAAAAAUUUGAAUUCCAAAGAUGGUUGACUUCCUUUAUAAAUUUUCAGUUGGAAAAUGAAAAUAAAAGUUGAAAUGAUGUUUGUGAAAGUUUACAAUUUUCAUACUUUUUGACUUUCGGUUAUUACUAUUGAGUAAUUUCUUUUCUCAUUCUCGGUUUAAAAAAGAGCAAAUUCUGAACUAUUUUUAAAAAUUCUCGAACUCUUGACAUGUAUGCCUACAGAGUGUCUAUUAAUAUCGAAUACCUACCAGUCAACGAAAAAUUAUUUUUUUCCUAAUUGAAUUCAAAAUUUUAAAACCUAUAAAUAGAAAUAUAAUCGAUUUAUUUCUUCGAGAAGUUUUACGAAAAUUUCUAUUUUCACAUUGUAAAUUUUCAAAAAAGGAUUAUUUUACGUUCAAAAGGUACUCGAUAUUCUUAUAAACACACUGUAUAUUUAUAAUUAACGAAGGCGUAUACCUACGUAGAGUAAUUGAAUUGUGUACUCCGCCAUCUUCAUCGUACUACGCUCAUGUACGCCAUUUCAAAAAGCAGUACAAAUUUUGUAAAUUCAGUCUACGUUGUUGAAUAAGUUAUUAUAAUUGAAUUGGUAACCGAGACGUAUAUAAAUAUACACGACGUCUUAUCGUAUAGUAAAUUUAGCGCAAAUAUCAUAUCCCCAGAUGGAAACUACUACGUAAAAUUCAUUCUAAGUCUUUCAUUAUGUACGAAUUGCUAAUGUUUAUUUUAUUACGAAAACCUUUGCAUUACCAUCCAACGUUAAUUGAGAUUGCAAUUCUUCUCGAGAAAAUUACCUACUCGAGUAUAUUUUGGCGAAUUGUUAUAAACAAAUUUUUGGCACGUUUUUGAAACGAGUUUUGUUCUCUUAGAUGUAUUUUGAUAUGUAAUAGACGAAUAUAGUAUUACUUUUGUAUACAAAUUCGAAUGGAAAGUUGAAGUUUUAAAAUUUGUUGCAAAUUGAAUUUCUUACCGAUAGAGAGGCUGAAUGUUUUAUUAUACAAAUUUGGUAACGUUCUUCGAUGUUGUUUUUCUUUUUCAGUACCUACAUUUAAAUUUCAAAUUGAUAAUCAAAAUGAACAAAAUUUACAUUCGUCAAAUUUUCAAUUUUCCAUUCGAAUUCAUCGAGCUAUUUUACCUGAUAAUUCGAGAUUUUAGUAUCAAAUACAAAAAAUCUCUCUUUUCAUCGUCACGUAUGUAUGCAAAAGACGUCCCAUGUAAAAUUUCAUUUUAUUAGUUACCUUCUUUUGACGAAAAUAUGUUGGUGAUAUUUUGGACGUGUAGUAUUAUACUGUCAGUAUUCCCUUGGUUCUGUUCAUUUUUUUUGUUCUGUUUUUAUUAUUGUUUUAUAGUAUUUAAGGUUGUAUUUUCGAAAAUCGCUGUCUCGCCCACGAUGAAAAUAUUAUAUUUUUACGAAUAUUGUAACAAUGAAGACUGCGUCAUUGUUUGAAACACGUUUUAUUAUUUUGUAUUAUUUGUAUGUACGAUGUGAAAUUGUAUAAUGCGAGAAUUAUUAUAUUGGUUAUAAUUUUUUUUUCUUUGUGUGUGUGUGUGUGUUUACUGUUUAUAAAUAUCGUGUACUUAAAUAUUUGUAAUUAGCUUAUUGUAUCUAAGUGUGACAUAGGCCUAACGUUUUUAAUUAUAAUUUAUUACGAUUUGUACGAAAUUUCGAUUCGAUUGUGUUAGUACGAGAUUUAUACUACAUUAUGUAUUACGUGUGUGUGUGUCUCUAGAUAUACCAAAUUUUCAUGUCUUUGUGCCGUAUACUACAUUUAUAUUCUAUACGUAUAUAUUGGCACGACGAGUGCGAAUAUAUAGAUUAUAACAUUAUCGUUGUUCUAGCUUGUUUGAAACAAACGAAAAAAUUUUUAUGAAAAUGAAAAAAAAAAGAAACAAACUUGAAACCAAAGUUAGUUAUAUUUUAGUUAAAGUUUAUAUUAUUAAGUAAUAAGUAUUAAAGAAAAAAUAAAAUAAAGAUUUAUUAUUAUUGUUGUUAAA